AUGAUUCCCACACCGGACGUCUCCCAUUUGACAAAGAAGGACUUUGAACACGUGUAUGAGCCUGCUGAGGACACAUUCAUCCUGUUAGAUGCGCUCGAGCAGGACGCCGAAAGUCUGAGACUGUCACUUCCACGAGUAUGUUUGGAGAUAGGUUCAGGAUCGGGUUGCGUCUCAAGUUUUGUCGGAAGUAUCCUUGGCCCAUCGUCGGCGUUAUACGUCGCUACGGAUAUCAAUCCCCACGCAUGCCAUUGUACUAAACUAACCGGUCGCCAGAAUAAGACACCGAUAGAGCCACUCAACGCGUCCCUUGCAACUCCGCUCAUGCAGCGGCUCAAGCACGCAGUCGAUAUACUGAUCUUCAAUCCGCCCUACGUGCCCACCUACGACGACGAGGCUGACGGUGCGCAGCAAGGCGCGGACAUACAAGGCGCUUGGGCGGGCGGGAAGGACGGCAUGCAAGUGACUGACGUCCUACUUGACCAGGUCGAGAACUUGCUGUCACCCAUCGGGCGGUUCUACUUAGUUGCAGUGAAACAGAACGACGUCCCUGCGAUACGUCGAAGGCUGCUAGAUACGCACGGCCUCCAGAGCGAGAUAGUUGUUCAACGUCGAGCAGGCGGUGAACAUCUCUUCGUUGUGCGGUUCUCUCGGUAG